UUUUCUGUUUCUCUUCAGCGUGAGUGUAUCUCCAUCCAUGUUGGCCAGGCCGGUGUCCAGAUGGGCAAUGCAUGCUGGGAGCUAUACUGCUUGGAGCAUGGCAUCCAGCCCGAUGGCCAGAUGGGCUCUGAAAAGGGCCUUGGCAGUGGUGAUGACUCCUACACCACAUUCUUCAGCCAGACGGGGGCCGGCAAACACGUUCCCAGGGCAGUGUUCGUGGACCUGGAGCCCACCGUGAUAGAUGAGGUCCGCACUGGUACAUAUCGCCAGCUGUUCCACCCCGAGCAGCUCAUCACCGGCAAGGAAGAUGCCGCCAACAACUAUGCCCGUGGGCACUACACCAUUGGCAAGGAGCUCAUCGACUCUGUUCUGGAUAGAAUACGCAAACUGGCUGAUCAGUGUACAGGACUCCAGGGUUUCCUGGUCUUCCACAGCUUUGGUGGAGGCACUGGUUCCGGUUUCACUUCCCUGCUGAUGGAACGUCUCUCCGUCGACUUUGGCAAGAAGUCCAAACUAGAGUUUGCCAUCUACCCAGCUCCUCAGAUCUCCACUGCAGUGGUGGAGCCCUACAACUCCAUCCUGACCACCCACACCACCCUGGAGCACUCAGACUGCGCCUUCAUGGUGGACAAUGAAGCCAUCUACGACAUCUGCCGCAGAAACCUGGACAUUGAGCGCCCAUCUUACACCAACCUUAACCGCCUCCUUAGUCAGAUUGUGUCCUCCAUCACAGCCUCCCUUCGCUUUGAUGGUGCCUUGAAUGUUGAUCUGACAGAGUUCCAGACCAACUUAGUCCCAUACCCGCGCAUCCACUUCCCUCUGGCCACCUACGCCCCGGUCAUCUCGGCCGAGAAGGCUUACCACGAACAAUUGACCGUGGCCGAGAUCACCAAUGCUUGCUUUGAGCCGGCCAACCAGAUGGUUAAGUGUGACCCUCGCCAUGGCAAGUACAUGGCUUGUUGUCUGCUUUACCGCGGUGACGUGGUGCCGAAAGACGUCAACGUUGCCAUUGGUGCCAUCAAGACCAAACGUACCAUCCAGUUUGUGGACUGGUGCCCGACUGGGUUCAAGGUUGGCAUCAACUACCAGCCUCCCACUGCGGUGCCUGGUGGUGACCUGGCCAAGGUGCAGCGUGCAGUGUGUAUGCUGAGCAACACCACUGCCAUCGCUGAGGCUUGGGCACGGCUCGACCACAAGUUUGACCUGAUGUACGCCAAGCGCGCCUUCGUGCACUGGUACGUGGGGGAGGGAAUGGAGGAGGGAGAGUUCUCCGAGGCCCGUGAAGACAUGGCAGCCUUGGAGAAGGAUUACGAGGAAGUUGGCAUUGACUCGUUUGAGGGUGAUGAAGAGGGUGAGGAAGAGUUUUAAUCAGCACCUCAUAAUCAACGCACAAUCUGAAAAAUUAGGCUCCAUUAUAGUUCGUAACAUUCUGAAAGUUCACAAAAUGGCAUGACUUGCGCUGGACUUCUAUUUUAUGAUAUUUAGUAAAGAUAUUUUGAGCCAA